CGAAUAUUAUUUAAACGGGUACAUACCACGAUAAAACGACGAGUUUUUUAAUGUCGUGUAAAUAUUUUUUUAAAUAAGAAUACCAAUCUGUUAGUGACAAAGUUCAGAAAUUGUUUUUUUUAACUCUUACUAUAACUAUAACCACUUGCGCUGUCCAAAGUCUACUAAUUAAGAGAUGAAGUGAUACCAUAGCGAAAUCAAUCAAAAAGUCAUCAACUUGUUUGAUCAGUUUGCCAAGAUCGAGUGACGUUGGUAAUAAAAUAACGUCAUUGAAGCCAAGAUGUUGAAUUCAGACUCAGUUUGGUGUUCGCUGUCACAGACGGCGGGCGUGUAUCGCACCGUCUCACAAAUCUCGAACGCAGAAUUUUGGAUCGGUGCCCUGUUAAUAUUAUUCGCGUGUGAAAUGGACCUUUUAUAUUUCCACAUACUCCACAGUAUGGACAUAGACUUAUAUUCAAUGUAGGAUUUAAAAAAGUGACAUUUUCAAAUUUCGAAUUCGCGGAAUGGUAUCAAAAUAGAAUCGAAUUCGAAUGCCAAACAUAACAUGGACAGUGCGUUUAACAACUGCAGGUUAUAAAAAGGACAGCAUAUAUUUGUGUACAUUAUAAUAGUUACCGAUUUACAACCCGUCUCUGUCUACCGCGGUGAGUUUUCACAUGCAACGCGCGGAACAAGUUGUGUUUAUUUUAACGAGCCAAUGGAAAACGGAUUCAGGCGUUCAUGUAAACAGAAAACAUAUGAUUGUGUUCCAAAUUCAAAUUAGUUUCUAUUUUUGAAAUGAGAAAUGUUGAUUGAAUUUUAUCCGAGAUUGAAUUGAUACUGUAAGAGAAUUUAUGUUUAUCGAAGAUUGUGGAACAGAAAUGAACUGAGAAUUUCCUAGUAAAUGAACGUUGUAGGUAGAAGAUAUAUUUUAAAAUUUAUUUAUUUACUACUCACUACUCGAGUGAAGAAGUUGCUCACAGCGAGGAAGUUUAAACAUUGAUGAAGCUAUUAUAAAAAUUCGUUAAACUAGAGCAAGAUGCAUCCACACCGUCCGUUUUUCACGUCGCAUUCCGAUACGUCGACUAUUAACGCGAAGCACUUGGUUGCAGAACUCUUCACCCAGAUGCGGGAUCCGUCCCCUGGGGCGCCCAGCCUCAAGGGGUCCACGGGGUCUCUCAAUGUGAUGAGGAACGCGGGCUUCCAGCAGCAGAAUGGCGCUGAACAUUUCCCCUGGAGCAACCCUGCCAUAUCGCUGCCUGGGAACUGCAAUUCCAACUUAGGUAAUGAAGCGUCUGGGUUGGUGCGAAGCGUGAGUAACGCUUCAGCAUUGACAUCGCUUUGCGCUGAUUUAUCACCUUCAGACUCGCAUUUUUUUGAGGUUCUGUACAUAGGGAAGGUGCGAAUAUCACAGAGAAAAGUUCCAGAGUCUCUGAUUGAUGACGCUCUAAUAAAAUUUGCACAGCAUGAGGCGGAGAAAGUGAAGAAUUUGAGACGACACAGCUUAUUGCCUUCUUCAGCGGGUUCCCAAGAUAGUAUAGAUUCUGGAGAUAACACAAAGGCCCCGCACACGAAAGCAAUAGAAAAAUUUAUGCAGAACAAUAAUAAUAAUCUUAUACCAAGCACAACACCUUUAGAACCCGAUAAAAAUAAUUCUUGGAAGAGUGUUGACAAUGUUACCAAACUAGAAAAUAAUGAGGUGGAUAAAGAUUUUGAUACGUUCAGUAAGCAGCGUAUGGAUAAAAACAAUAAAAACCCAGUGCCUUUAGAGCCGUCAAUAUUAGUAAUUAAUGUACCAAAAAGUAAUUUACCAAACUUAGGCACUGUCAAUGAGGAUGAAGAAAAACAUGAUGACCAUUCUCGUAUAUCUAAGUCACAAAAUAUUACUCCAGUACAUACAGCUAAUUUAAUAAAUUUACAGAGUAAUAAUGAUUCCAUUCCAAAUAUUAAAGAUAGAAAUAAUAUUAAUCUAUUUACAGAAAAUAUUGAAACAGUUAUUGAUCCAUUACUUAACAUUCCUAUUGGAAUAAAAAAUGAGACCGUAAAUGAAAAAAGUAAAACAAAAAUAGACCCUAGUUUACCAUGUUCGUUAAAAGAAGACAUAAACAACCAGGUUGUUGGAGAUAGUAAAUUGCAAGGGACUCCUAACGCGUUAAAAUCAAAAACAGCUAAAAUGAACUUUGAAGAAAUAAAAUCAAAUAAAGAGAAGACACUGGUCAUGACUGAAAAUAAACCAUUUAUGCGAGACAGGUCUGCAUCUAUUGGUACUCUGAAUCUAAAGACACCCUUAGCACAUUUAAUUGGAGAACAAAAUAGGACAAUGUUGUUUCAGGUUGGUAGAUCCGAACUUCGUCUUAUCAGCCCCGAUAGGAAGCAGAUCCUUCUACAUAGAGCGUUCAAAGACGUUGCGAGCUGCGUUCUCGGCAGGAUCAAUAAGGAGCACUUCGGCUUCGUGUGCAGGGAGACCAAUGAUAGCUACGCGUGCUACGUGUUCAAAUGCGAGAGUGACUCUAUUGCCACUGAGGUCGUUAAUGCAAUCAAACAAGCUUUCGUGGCUCACGCGGAAUUGUUAAAGAAAUCGAGAGACAAAUCUCCCAACAUGACCUGUGAGCACUGCCCGAUGUUAUGGUACCACAGACUUUGCCAUGAUAUUGAAGGUUUAAAUGAAAAGAAAACACACGCUUUCAUUCUUCGUCGCAUAGAGCAACUACCCGAGGAUGAACAAGAGCUAAUUAUCACGAAAUACCAAGGAGGGACUAAUCAUAUUUAUGAGGUGAGUGAACACAACGCAUUUCUGAUGAUGCUACUUCGUGCGCAUUGUGAAUCCAAGCAGCUGAGACAUGUUCACGACACUGCUGAGAAUAGGUCAGAAUUCCUCAACCAGUACUUGGGAGGGAGCACUAUAUUUAUGAAAGCCAAGCGUUCGCUCUCAAGCGGCUUCGACCACUUGCUGAAACGACGACAGAGCAAAGAUGAUGUUCUCCACACAUCUGUUAAAAAGGAGCACUCGCCGGUCCUGCCGCCGCUGGUGCUGGAGACGGCGUCCUCUGACGACAACAGCGGGGAGCUGCUCACCCCCGACAGGGUGCGCGGCAAGUCUAUGACUCCGGGCUACGACGACAAUCAACCGUCCACUCCAAAAAUAAACAACAAUGUGUCAUUUGAUGAAGUGGUUGAAGAAAUUAAAGAUGACACAACUUCGGCCAACUCUCCUAUGAUGGACAUUUUCCUGAAAGUGAGCGACUCUCGGCCAGCAAUGACGGAAAGCGGCACUGAAACCGACGCCACGUGGCGACAAGCCAUUUACGAGAAGGUCAUACAUACACCGGCUAUUGAUCCUGAAGGUGAUUUGAAUAAAACUGACUUACUUGGACACCCGGUGUCAUCGCCGGGCAAGCGGUCCAAGGAACAAUUGAGGGAACUAUGGAAGAUGGCCAUAGACCAGACCAUAUUGCUGGUUAGGAUGGAAAGAGAAAAUGCUAAAUUGAAAGAGCGGGAGGAAUCGUCAGCAGUGAGGCGUAUAAAGCUAGAGUACACCGAGCUGGGGUCCGGCGACACUGGGGUCAUGUGGGACGCGCUGCUGUCAAGGGACCCCUCGCAACCCGUCGCUAAGGUUGACAGGCACAUGUUGACACAAGCUGUUAGACAAGGUGUACCUCGCAUGUCUCGCGGCGCAGUGUGGCGCUUCCUGGCGGAGCAAGCGUGUCUGCGCAUCCCGCCGCCGCACCUCGACGACUUCCCCGACUACAACACGCCCUACAAGACGUUGUUGUCCGGCCUGACGAAACACCAGCACGCUAUUCUUAUAGAUUUAGGGCGUACUUUUCCAAAACACUCAUACUUUGCGUCAGCGUUGGGUCCCGGACAGCUUGCCCUGUACAAUAUCCUCAAGGCGUAUUCUCUACUUGACCCUGACGUAGGGUACUGUCAGGGUCUCAGCUUCGUGGCAGGAAUAUUGCUGUUACAUAUGGACGAAGCGGAAGCUUUCAUACUUCUUCGGCAUUUGAUGUUCCGACGCGGCAUUAGAAAGCAAUAUUUACCGGACAUGAGCGCCUUACAAGUUCAGUUGUACCAACUGUCUCGCCUCCUGCGCGACCACGAGCCAGAACUGCACGCCAAGCUGGAGUCGCUGGACAUCUCGCCGGCGCUGUACGCGGCGCCCUGGAUGUUGACGCUGUUCACCAGCCAGUUCCCCCUGGGAUUCGUCUCCAGAGUGUUUGAUCUGAUAUUCCUGGAGUCGUUCAAUGUGGUAUUCGCGGUAUCUCUAGCGCUGCUGUCCGCACACAAGGACGGGCUGAUGCUGUGUGAAAGUUGCGAGGAGGCGGCCGAGUAUCUGAAGCACAAGCUGCCAGACAUGGACAGAGUUAUCUAUGACAAGGUCAUGAAGACGGUUGCAAAACUAGACAUUGGUCGUCAACUAACAGAAUACGAGGUGGAGUACAGUGUGCUGAGAGAAGAGAUGCCACGCCUUGCUACACUGACGGAGCAAAACAGGCUGCUUCUAGAAGAUACUAAUAGAAUGAAAACAGAACUAGAUUCUGCUAUGGAUGCAGUUGAAAACUACGAGAAAACACAAACUCGUCUAGAAUCUCACAACAAAGUAAUGGAACAACACCUCAACUUAUUAAGUCGGUACAUCAUGAUCCAUCAGAAACAAGAUCUACCGCACGAGAUAAAGAAAAUCGUACAGAACUACAGCAAAAGAUUAUCGUUUGGCUCUAAAAUAAUCACUAAAUUCACUUCAAACGAAGACGAAGAUGAACCCAAAAAGAAUUACAAACAAGGAGCGAGCACUCCCAAUCUAUUUACCAAAGUAUCCAAAGAAGAUAUCUUAAACGCUGUGAACAAAGAGAAGAGCAUUGAAGACCGAAAGCAUUUUAUGAUGAAGAAGUCCCAAUCAGUCCAUUCAGGACUGAUAUCGAGCAAACACGUCCCAUUAAAAGUGUUGGAAGAGAAAACUGAAACCACCAGAAGGGACAGUUUGCGUAUAGAAAGUAUCGCAAACGAAUCCAUACGAGAUUUGGGGAAAAAGACUUCUGGCUUCUUUGCAAAUACCCACGAACAAAUUCGACAAGAGAGGUUGUUUGAACAACAAUUGAAACAUGAUUUUGAUGAGAAUUUAAAGAAGUUGGACGAUAAAAUAUCGCCUACCUUGUCACCUAAAUCAUACUUGGACGACUUGAGCAUAUUCCAAAGCAAGAAAAGUCUUUCUUUGAAUCUAAACACUAAUCUAAAGGUAAAAGAUACAAAAUUCAAUGACAGUGGUUUUGUAACACCACUUAGUCCCAAUGAUAGGGAUGACAAAAAGGAGAAUGAUAUAACUUCAGCUGUUUCGCAUCCGCUGAGUGACUGCGACGUCGAUAUUAAAUUCGAUGGUCAAUUAACAAAAUUAAAACAGAUUCGUCCUUUGAGAAAUAACAAUUGAAACAUUUUUGUAUUAAAUCUUUGAGACAUUCAAAAUUAGUGACACGUUGUUCCAAUGGUAAGGGAGGUAAGGGAUUUUUUUUUAUGUAAGUAAUUUACUUUUGAGGAAAGUGAUAUAAAAAAAUAAUUGUUUAAAGGAAUUUUCAUCAGAUCGUACUUUUGCUACUUGAUUGGUCACUGGUAUUGUGUCAGAUUAACAAAAAAAGAUUCCUGGGUUCUUUCUAGUCCCAAAAAUUCUUAAUAAUAUAAUUUGUGAAUUUUUGGACGUCCGUUUGGCCUUGGAAUUGUGAUAAAAAUGGAUCUGUCAUCUUAGCACUACACCAAAUGAACUUCAGAAUUGAUUGACUUUGACAGAAUGAAAUUUGACUGGAACUUGUCAGUAUCAUCCUCCAAUAGCACACAAAUCCGUCAAUCCUUUAAUGUGUAUGUCGGUGUACUGUCUCAUCGAAUUUUGAAAGUGAAGAAGUAGAGAGUGCACAUGUGUUUGUGUACACACUUGUCUUUUCAAUUAUUUCCCGCUUUAUGGUUGGUUGGUCUCAAGGUGAUAGUAGCUACAGUUUUGAAUUAUGACAUUAAAAUCUGUACUACAUAAAGCUGAAGAGUUCGUUGGUUUGUUUGGUUGAACGCGCUAAUCUCUAAGUAACUACUGGUCCGAUUUGAAAAAUUCUUUCAGUGUUAGAUAGCCCAUUUAUCGAGGAAGGAAGGGCUAUGUAUUAUCCUCGUAUUCCCACGGGAAAGGGAGCUAGUUAUAGAUAUGGCUGGACCAUAUUGCAAGAGAUUUAUGGAGAAAAUAGUUGACUAUUCUUGCCUACUCUGGUUAAUUGUUUAUCAGUAACAUUGUUAACACCUAAUGAUUUUGUGCAAUCUCGUAUUAUUUAAAAAGGGGUUAGAAUUGGGUAAUUAAUUAAUUAUUAUAAGUGAUAGGCCCUUGAACGAUGAAAACACCUAUCGACGCCUUUUAAGCCAUAUAUACUGUAAUGUUAGACUGUUACUUAAUCUCAUAAGUGAUAUAUAGAUGUAAGUUUAAAGGAGCAACUUUUGAAAACUUUUUCGGCUACAAAUAAAAUCCAUUUAUCACAGAAUUAGUGUCGGAAAAUACUUAUUGGGAAUUCAUGUGAACUAGCAACAUUAAAAAUAAUGGAAUACUAAAAAUAUGAUAAAAUUUUGAUGGUUUUCAUUUUUAAGAAUAAAUAAAUUCUAUACACUUAGACAACUUAUUUUCUGUAGUCAGUUUUUUAUGGAACAGAUAUUUUGGACUAAAAGUAUAUACAUUUUUUGGUUAUUCACUGUAAAAAGAGACAGACCUAUUGAGAACCUUUUUUUAAGACGGUUAAAAUGAUAUUAGAAGCCUUGUUUAAGUCUUGUCAUUCCCUUCCGAAAAAUAAUUGUUAGUGGAAAUAUUAAUCGACGAGUUGUUUUAUUUGUCUUUAGUUAUUAACAAAAAGGUAUUGCUUAAAAAAGAUAACAAAAGAUAAAAAAUUCAAUCUCAUUCUCUAGUUGUGGUAAAAUGAUGAACUCCUAAUAAGAAUGUUUGGCGCGUAAUUUCAGAUAAUAAAUACUUUUAAAGUUGAUGUAUUUAGAUUGUGUAUUCAUAAUGUAUGUCCAAUUUGUAUGUUUUGGAUGUCCAACAACCGUCUAAGCUAAAUCUAUAUACUUAGGUUUUGACUCAGUAUAAUGAAAUUAUAGGUUUAAACUUUAGAAAACUAAAGGGAAUAGAACGAAAAGUGUUGGUCGUGAUGUGAAGUUAGUGCUGCAGGCAUGUAGGCUUACUUGAUCGUCAGUGGCUGACAUUGGUUUUGUACUGGCGUAAAUUCAUAGCCGGUCUUUAAAUUUAUUUUUAGUUAUACAUAUAGGAAUACUUACGCCACUGGGUUUUUCACUUAUGAAUCUCUCAAGUACUUGGACAUCCAAAAUUGAAUAUAGUUUGUGUGUUAUAGUUAUAAUAGUGGAUAUUAAGAUUAGAUGUAACAUAACGAUAUAAUCUUCAAUAUGAUGAUGUAUUUACAUCAGUUAGUGAUGAUCACGAUAAUGAUGAUCACGAUAAUGGUGAUAUUGACGUUUCCAUGAAAAAAAGUAUUUAUAUUGAAGGUUGUAGUUGUGUUUUUGAACGUUGUGAAUGUUGUGCUUAAUUAAGUGUAUUACAAAUUUAAGUAUAAUGAGUGUGAAUUAAGUUACAACUUUUGUUAUAUCGGCAAUUUAUUGGACGCGGCUUAGUAGCACUUAUUCUGUAAAGAUGUUUUUAUCACGACAGUGUGAGUUUCCAAUUUGUGUCUAUCUCUGUUUAACAUAGUACUAUAGAAAGAGAGAUGUAUAGAAUUUCAAGCUUCACACUGUAGAGGCUUAAAACAUAACAGAAUAGUACUACAGCUGCGGGUAAGAGAGGGAAGGAGAAGGAUAACAUAAGCUUUCAGUUUAACAUAAUACUGAAGAUAGAGAGAUAAGCCAGGGGCGUAGCUACCGCCGUAUCACCCACAUCAAUGAUACGGGGCCCGCGGAAUAUAGGGCCCCUUGAGAUGUGAAACCAAAAAUUAGUAAAGUGUAAUGCACAAUCUCUGCUGAUUUUCUGCUGCUGAAAAAUCAUAAAAAACUGUAGAAAUGACGAAAGUAAAAAAGAAAACCGUUUUUUUCCUGCGUUAAACGUGUACUCAAAAUGGAAACAUCAUAGAUAAUAGGAAGUCUCUGUCAUAUUUAUUUUAAAAGAGCAUUUUUUGUGUAAGAAUUCGUUACCCUUCGUUUGGGACCCCCCACUAAAUUUGAUACAGGCAUGCUACGCCACUGAAUAUACUUAAAGAAGAAUACAAAUCUCACACUGCAGAAUAGCACUACAGUUGCGGGUAAGAGAUGGAAGGAGAGAAUGAGAUUUACAGAAACUUCUUUUGUGUAAGUAAAAAUAAAUAACUCUUCUCCUGUUAGUUGUUAUCGCGCCCACGUACUAGUGUAUAUGUUCUACUUUAUGAUGAUUUGGUUAUGUUAGUAAGGUGUACAGCGCGUUGGUGUUUUUUUUAUUCUCUACAUGUUAGCCCUUGACAAUCUCACCUGAUGGUAAGUGAUGAUGCAAUCUAAGAUGGAAGUGCUAACUUGUUAGAAGUAGGAUGAAAAUCCACACGCCCUUUCUAUCCCAUUUCAUCUCCAUCCAGUUAAAAAGAUUCUCACAUACAAAUACGCUUGAACACAGACAUACAUAGACAAACAAAGCCAAUACCUUUAUCAUAAAAUAGAAUAUCUAUAGAUAUUUAAAACGCCUCCAAGUAGUUGUAUGUGGUGUAUAGAUCAUCAAUACAACCGUUUACCGCAACGCAUCAAAAAAUGAUUCACUUAGGAUAAGUACGGCUUCGAGAAAUAAAAUAAGUAUAUUUUAUGAUUAUUUAUACUAAAUAUUUUAAUCACUAUUUUACUUAGCUAUGAAGGGUUAGACAGCAAUUUAUUAUUCUUUUAAUUAUAUUAUUACUCUUCAUCUAAGUAAGAACUUAACAAACCACUUAAUUUAAAAGAUAAUAAAACGAUAUAUUUAUUUGUUGGCCGUUUAUUAAAAAAAUAUUGCUCAAAAUUCUUUAUUAUGUUUUUUGUUAUUUAGGUACAUUUUGUUUUGUGCAAAUGUUAAUGCAUUUAAACUUAAGUUAGUAGUGAAUAUAAUAUAUUCCUAAGAAUUUAUAGACAUACUUUGCUAUACAAAAGUAAAGUUGAUUAAAUUCGACACAUCAAAAAAAAUAGGUUAGUAAUUAGUGCAAAAAUAAUUAUUAUUCCACGACUAUAUAAAUCUUUUAUUAAUAUUAAAAUAAAUUUCAAAGAGGUUUCCAAAUAAAUUGCUACUAACUUAAGUAUGAAAGCUUUUUAAAAGUGAGAAUAAAUAGAGAGAAAUAGCGUCAGAAUAAUAUUGAUAUAUUAGAAACGUGAUAUUGUGAUCAAUAAAAUUUUAAAGAAA